ACGGACUGGUGCAAGCAGUCAGUCAAGUAAGCCGGCCGUAUAUAAGCCCUCCUCUACCGCCGCCAGGCUAUUAACACAAAAUCUUUCGUGGUAGCUGUUCGGUGCGUGCUUUCACAUAAAAAAUGCCAGUCGACCUAUACUACGUCCCGGGGUCCGCGCCGUGCCGCGCCGUGCUGCUCACAGCUCGCGCUCUCAACAUCAACCUCAACCUCAAGCUGGUCGACCUGCACCAUGGCGAACAUCUUAAAGAGGACUUCAUUAAGCUGAACCCCCAACACACGGUCCCCACGCUGGUGGACGAGGGGUUCGCGGUGUGCGAGUCGCGCGCCAUCAUCACCUACCUCGUGAACAAGUACGCGCGCGGCUCCGCGCUCUAUCCCGACGAGCCCAAAGCCCGAGCGCUCGUCGACCAACGCCUGUACUUCGACAUCGGGACCCUGUACGCGCGAUUCGCUGAUUAUUUCUACCCACAAGUGUUCGCCGGCGCCCCCGAAGACAAGGAGAAGUUGGCCAAGGUGGAGGAUGCUCUCAAGAUCCUGGACAUCUUCCUGGAGGGCCAGAAGUACGUGGCCGGCCCCAACCUCACCGUGGCCGACCUCAGCCUCGUGGCCGGAGUCUCCAGCAUGGAGGCCUCGGAGAUCGACUUCAAGAAAUACGCCAAUGUUAAGAAAUGGUACGAAGUGGUGAAGGCGACCGCGCCCGGCUACCAGGAGGCCAACGAGAAAGGCCUGGAGGCUUUCAAGUCCCUAGUUACCAGCCUCAUAAAGAAAUGAACACUGUGAUAACUGAUCCUACUGUGGAAACACCGACUAGAAAUUAAGGCACAAUAAAUGUUAAUUAUUA